ACUAAACUUAACUUACAUAUGCAUUUAAGGUCUUUGUCAUUUUCAUUAAAAUAAUACAAUAAUAACAAACAACAGCGCUUCCAAACAUGGCUAAUAGGAGGCGUCCCUAUGGCUGGAGACGGCAUUCCUUGCAGCAGGUGGCGCUUAAAUGUGGUUCCGCACCUCGAAUGAACAAUAACAGAGGAAGAAGAAGAAGAAGAAGUCUGUAGUCAAGACAAUGCUCCAUUUCUUUAAGUUUAACGCCUGGACAGUUUCUGUUUCGAACAUUUUUCAGCUAAGUCCACGAGACACUUGAAAUUCGACCAAAAUCUACAGUUUCGUUAUCGGAAGUUAGAAAUGGCUAUAGCCCACGCUGCUACAGAGUAUGUUUUUACAGACUUCUUACUCAAGGAGCCAACGUCAGAGGCGAAGUAUAAAGGUAUAAGAUUGGAUCUGGCUUUGGAUAAGAUGGUCACUUGCAUUGCGGUCGGGCUACCUUUAUUGCUCAUCUCCCUCGCCUUCGCCCAGGAGGUGUCCGUCGGCACUCAGAUCAGCUGUUUCUCCCCAACUAACUUCUCCUGGCGGCAGGCUGCCUAUGUGGACUCCUACUGCUGGGCAGCUGUGCAAAGACAGGACACUGGAGGGCUACCACUCUCGCUCCAUAAGUUUUUCCCAUAUAUCCUUUUAUUUGUAGCGGUGCUGGUGUAUGUUCCAGCAUUGUUUUGGCGUUUCACAGCUGCUCCGGUUCUUUCCUCUGAUUUGACCUUCAUAAUGGAAGAGCUGGACCGCUCCUACAACAGGGCCAUCAAAUUAGCCAAGUGUCUACACAGCAGUCCCACACACCUUGACGCUCAAAGCUCUAUGCCAGACUUGACGGAGAACUGUUUCAAGUACCCUCUUGUGGAGCAGUAUCUGAAGACCAAGCGUUUUUCCCAUGGCCUGCUGGUCCGCUACUUACUUUGCCGAGUGGUCACCUUCUUGGUGCUGGUGCUGGCCUGCGUGUACCUCUGCUACUACAUCCAGCUGUCUGUAACAGACGAGUUCCACUGUAACAUACGCACUGGUGUGCUAAUCAAUGACUCAUCUGUGCCCAGCCCUCUGCAGUGCAAACUGAUAGCUGUGGGAGUGUUCCAGCUCCUCAGCUACAUCAACCUGUGUGUGUACCUGCUGCUAGCACCUGCAUGCAUUUAUGCUACAGUGGUUCCCAUGAGGAGCUCAGCUGAUUUCUUGAAACCCUAUGAAAUGUUGCCCACUCUUGGGGUGAUGAAGUUUGGAACCAGAGCCUGUAAUGAUCUAGCCAUGUACCUGCUGUUUCUGGAGGAGAACCUGAGUGAGCUGAAAAGUUAUAAAUGUCUGAAGGUAUUGGAGCUCGUGAAGGAUCAAGGAGAUGAACAUGGUCCUGAUACAAUGCUCCUUCUGCAGUCACUAGGCCAAGUUAAAAUGGAUGUACUGGAUGGCAGAUUGAAGAUGAAGAUUUCACAUGCUUCAGACACCAACAUGUCCAGGGACCAGGACGGAGAGAGAAACUGCCUGGAGAUGAAGGCUUCCAGACGAGCUGAGCUAAUACCAAAAGGUGACAUGGAAAAAGUGCAGACUGCUGAUUGCUGCUCUCUUUAUGGGUCGCCACAGCGGAUCAUCUGCCUCCAUCUUGCCCUAUCCACUGCCUCCUCUACUUUUACACCAACCAUCUCCAUGUCCACCUUCACUACAUUGUAAAUGACAAAUUUAACCUUGUCAUCUUCUGAUGUUUUCAAAACAUUCAGGCUCUUUUUUUCUGCAGCUGGAACACAACAAUAACCAGCAAGAAAGAGUUCACUUUGGAUGCGUCUGUAAGAGAUUAUAUGCAAAAUAAAUGUCCGCAACAAGAAAUAAAAGGAUAUACAGGGGUAGGACAAUGAAACUGAAACACCUGUCAUUUUAGUGUGGCUAAAUUGGACCAGCCUGGUGGCCAAUCUUCAUUAACUGCACAUUGCACCAGUAAGAGCAGAGUGUAAAGGUUCAAUUAGCAGGGUAAGAGCACAGUUUUGCUCAAAAUAUUGCAAUGCACACAACAUUAUGGGUGACAUACCAGAGUUCAAAAGAGGACAAAUUGUUGGUGCAUGUCUUGCUGGCACAUCUGUGACCAAGACAGCAAGUCUUUGUGAUGUAUCAAGAGCCACGGUAUCCAGGGUAAUGUCAGCAUACCACCAAGAAGGACGAACCACAUCCAACAGGAUUAACUGUGGACGCAAGAGGAAGCUGUCUGAAAGGGAUGUUCAGGUGCUAACCGGGAUUGUAUCCAAAAAACAUAAAACCAUGGCUGCCCAAAUCACGGCAGAAUUAAAUGUGCACCUCAACUCUCCUGUUUCCACCAAAACUGUCCAUCGGGAGCUCCACAAGGUCAAUAUACACGGCCGGGCUGCUAUAGCCAAACCUUUGGUCACUCGUGCCAAUGCCAAACGUCGGUUUCAAUGGUGCAAGGGUUGUGGACAAUGUGAAACAUGUAUUGUUCUCUGAUGAGUCCACCUUUACUGUUUUCCCCACAUCCGGGAGAGUUACAGUGUGGAGAAGCCCCAAAGAGGUGUACCACCCAGACUGUUGCAUGCCCAGAGUGAAGCAUGGGGGUGGAUCAGUGAUGGUUUGGGCUGCCAUAUCAUGGCAUUCCCUUGGCCCAAUACUUGUGCUAGAUGGGUGCGUCACUGCCAAGGACUACCGAACCAUUCUGGAGGACCAUGUGCAUCCAAUGGUUCAAACAUUGUAUCCUGAAGGCGGUGCCAUGUAUCAGGAUGACAGUGCACCAAUACACACAGCAAGACUGGUGAAAGAUUGGUUUGAUGAACAUGAAAGUGAAGUUGAACAUCUCCCAUGGCCUGCACAGUCACCAGAUCUAAAUAUUAAUGAGCCACUUUGGGGUGUUUUGGAGGCGAGUCAGGAAACGUUUUUCUCCACCAGCAUCACAUAGCCACUAUCCUGCAAGAAGAAUGGCUUAAAAUCCCUCUGACCACUGUGCAGGACUUGUAUAUGUCAUUCCCAAGACGAUUUGACGCUGUAUUGGCCGCAAAAGGAGGCCCUACACCAUACUAAUAAAUUAUUGUGGUCUAAAACCACGUGUUUCAGUUCCAUUGUCCAACCCCAGCCAUUGUGUUGUAAGGACCAUUGUCAUAGUGUUUUAUGGUCAUUUCCUUCAUAACACGCAUAAAAAUUGCUAGUGAUAUGCUGAUGUCUCGGUCGCUACCUGGCGAAAUUUCCUGUUCCACCUUAAAUGGCGCAGCGGUUACGUUCUUGUACGUGAGGUUGCCUUACCGUUUAAGGUGGAACAGGAAAUCAGCCAUGAAGCUGGUGAUUAGAAAGCUAAGUUCAGCUUCAUAUCACUGAAGAAUUCUUGGUGGCGAUAAUAAAUAAUUGCCCCCCGCCUCUUUGAAGGCAUAUGAUGCCCUAAAUGU